AUGGCUACGGGCAAGCGCAAGAGACAGGACCUGACUGGGACCCUGAGUACCUUGAAACAGUGGAGUGGCACAGAAGAGGAAGAAAUCAAACUUUUCGAGAACCACACCUGUUUCAGGUCGGUCGACAGCAAGACCCAAUUCGACGUGGACGUCACAAUUCUCGACUACAUGGUCUACAAGUGCAUCAAAUCACUCAUCAAGGCUCGUGAGAAUGAGCUGAACGGCGCAAAGCCGCAUUGGAAUAUCGCCUCGGGAGAACUCGAAGCAGUCCAUGAAUGGCUCGGUCUCUUGAAGCCAGCUUUAGAAAAUCGAAAGCUUCCUACUGACGCGGAAUACCGUCUUCGCCUGCUCUAUACCACCUCAAUAUUUACAUGUAGGUACCGCGCAAACUUUAUAAGUGACUCAGCAUUACAAGACAUCCGACGCAGUAACUCAAAUCGAUUAAAGGAGCGGGAAGAUGGUUACGUGCACUCACAUGUACUCAUGAGCAAAUACUUCCCUUUAGAGGAGCAGAUACGCUAUCAAUACGUGAGCUUUCUGGUGAAUGAUCUUCAGUCGAAUCACAGGUAUGACCUAAGGUCUGAUGUCGAACAUGUUUAUGCGAGUCUACGCGAUAUUCUGGUGAUAUUCCUUGAACAGACACUCGCACGCACGUACCGAUACGCAGGGGAGAUAAACGAGCGUUUACUCGAACUGUUUGGUGAAUGGAUGCUUCAAGCAAGUGUGGAAUCGUACCUUCAUCUCGGCUCACAUGGUUCCGAACCUCUGAACGAAAUUUUUGCGUUUGGUUUUGGGACGUGUAGUCUCGAAGAGAGACCCAGUGUGCAAGAGCUCUUCUGUGACGAUGAAGCGGCUCUACAAGAGUCUCCGAUGUGGACAGAUAUACGGCAGAGAUACAUGAAUAAGGCGGUUUUGCUGCUUGAGGCCGCUGUCCGUGAGGGAAUGCACUUACCGAGCGAAAGCUAUCCUGUGCGCGCGUUCGAGCUGAAGGUGCUCAGUUAUCUCAAGGCACUUUCGAGAGAAAUAGUAUUACCUGAUCUACAACAAGUGAUUGCAGGUAAGAUCGAUAUCGAAGGGAUAUCCAGUUCCGAAUCAAAACGGGUUAUCGAUCGGAUACGUCCGAGCUGUCAGGCGGGGUCAUGA